UACGAACUGGCUCUAUCUGACACUUGCGCGGAUUCCUCAAAUCUCGAAGCAGCUCUUUCACUCCUGAGAAUCCUAUGUUCUUCAUCAUCACGAACAUGAUGGAUUCCAAACCCUAGAUAGUUCUUCACAAUCACGGAUCAUGGAACGAGCUACGGAGCUAUGGUUUUGAAUUUCUGUUUUUGAUAGAAUUGCAACUCCUUUUUUCAGAUUCUAAGCUCAAGCAUGUCCAGAGACGCCUCCGAUCUCCGGUUCGUAGCUGCAAACACUUUGACGAACGGACAACUUGAAUCAACCGAAAAUGAAUUCGAUAAUUCGAUGAAUUCGAUUCAUUUUCCUCCUCCGAGGACGCCUCUGAACACUAUACCGGAUCCGUCGCAAUUCCAGAGACAAUUUCAAGAGUUGGAUUUUGACUCCAAGGAUAGAUUUGGAGCUGCUAGGGCAGGUCGAUCGUCGGAUAGGAAGGUUGAAGUUUUGGAGAAUUUGUUGUCGCUGAACAAAGUGAUAGGAAAUGUUUCCAAUUGUGGGACUCCUAGGGUUUCUGGUAGAGGGAAAGCCCAGUCAGAGCCAAGUUCGGCUCAGAGCACUCCGGCGAGGAGUAUUUCAAGGACUGUGAAUGGCGGAGUAGUGGGAGCUUGUAGUGGUCAUAGACCUCCUCCAUACAGUGUUGGGAAAGGAGGGAGCUCUUCUAGGGUUUCUAGAGGGAUUUCAAAUCCAAUGUCUGAACCGUUGGUCGAAGUUCCGCAUUUUGAGAUUGUGGAAGAUCCCUCGUUUUGGAUGGAUCACAAUGUGCAGGUAUUGAUACGGAUUCGACCCAUAAGUUCAGUGGAGAGGGCUUCGCAAGGGUAUGGUAGAUGCUUGAGGCAGGAGAGUUCACAGACCAUAUUGUGGCUUGGCCACCCUGAGACCAGAUUUACGUUUGAUCAUAUAGCAUGCGAGAAAAUAUCACAGGAAAAACUAUUCACGGUUGCUGGACUGCCCAUGGUGGAGAACUGCAUAUCUGGGUAUAAUAGCUGUAUGUUUGCUUACGGUCAGACAGGUAGUGGGAAAACAUAUACUAUGAUGGGUGAGAUAUAUGAGAUGGACGGAGAGCUCAAUGAAGAUUGUGGGAUAACUCCACGCAUUUUCGAAUAUUUGUUCACAAGGAUUAGAGCGGAAGAGGAGAACAGGAGGGAUGAAAAACUGAAGUACAGCUGCAAAUGUUCCUUUUUAGAGAUAUACAAUGAACAGAUAACAGAUCUCUUGGAGCCUUCAUCAACUAAUCUGCAACUAAGAGAAGAUAUGAAGAAAGGUGUAUAUGUUGAAAACCUGACGGAAUAUCACGUGAGAACUGUUGGUGAUAUAGUGAAGCUUCUGUUACAGGGUGCUGCAAACAGAAAAAUGGCAGCAACCUGUAUGAACAGUGAGAGCAGUCGGUCCCACAGUGUUUUCACUUGCAAUAUUGAAAGCCAUUGGGAAAAAGAUUCCAUGACCCACUUCAGAUUUGCAAGGUUAAAUUUGGUAGAUCUAGCUGGUUCAGAAAGGCAGAAGAGCUCUGGCGCAGAAGGAGAUCGUUUGAAAGAAGCAGCAAAUAUAAACAAAUCCUUAUCAACUCUUGGUCUGGUGAUAAUGUCUCUGGUGGAUUUAGCACAUGGGAAACAUAGACAUGUUCCAUACAGAGAUUCUAGACUCACGUUUCUACUUCAGGAUUCUCUGGGUGGAAACUCAAAAACAACUAUUAUUGCCAAUGUCAGCCCAUCUACUUGCUCUGCAAGUGAAACACUAAGCACUCUAAAGUUUGCCCAGCGUGCCAAACUUAUUCAGAACAAUGCUAAAGUGAAUGAAGAUGCUUCGGGGGAUGUAACGGCAUUGCAAAGACAAAUACAACAGUUAAAGGGCCAGUUGUCCUUUCUGAUGAACCAUCAUAACCUUUCAAGGCCUUUGUCACGUUGUCUCACAAGUUUUGGAGAAUCUAGAUCUGGUGAUUUUUCUGAAGGAUAUAAUUCUUUAGAAGAGAGGAUCAUGAUCAAUAAUCAUAACACAAGUGCCCAAAAUAAUAAGAAGAUGAAAUGCAUGGAAGCUGCUUUAGCUGGUGCCCUCAGGAGAGAGAAACUGGCAGAGGAUGCAGUCCGGAGGUUAGAGGCUGAAAUCGAAUGCAUGAAUCGCUUGGCUCAUCAAAGGGAAGAGGACGUUCAGCGCACUAAGAUGAUGCUAAGGUUCCGUGAGGAGAAGAUUAAACGGCUUGAAUUGCUUUCAGAUGGCUCAAUGUCUGCUGACAAGUAUCUUAUGGAGGAAAAUAACGCAUUGUUGGAAGAAGUUCAGCUGCUUCAAUCAAGAAUUGAAAGAAACCCAGAAUUAACCCGAUUUGCUUUGGAGAAUAUUAGACUUCUUGAGCAGCUCAGAUUGUUUCAGAAUUUCUAUGAACAAGGAGAACGAGACGCAUUGCUGGCUGAAGUUUCAGGAUUGCGUGAUCAGCUUCUGGAAACACUUGAAGGACAGCUGAACUUUGCUUCAGCAAAAGAAAAUCAGGAUAUGGAUACUGUCAUGGAGUUGGAAGAUUGCAAAAAGAUGAAUUCCAAACUCAUUAGGGAAGUUGAUGAAUUACACGCAGAGCUGAGAAAAUAUUUGACCUGUAGCCAAUCUGCGUCUGAUUCUGUUACAGUUUCCUUAUCCAAGGAUCCUGAAGACUUUAAACAAGCAGAUAAAUACUCACUGGUUGAAACCAUAUCAGUCAGAAGUGAUUCAGGGGAGGAAGUGGCAUCAUAUGAUCAGGUAGAAGAUGAAGUACUGCAAAAGAAAAACACCCAGAAGGUGGAUGAUGCUUUAGUUAUGCAGCAUCCUGACAUUGAAAAAGAGCUGAGGGAUGCAAGAAUGUUGAUUGAAGCCAUGGAGUCUGAGCAGCUGCGGCUAAUUGAAGAACUUCAAUUUAUGCAGGAGGAGAAUAGAAGGUGCAUGGAAAUGUUAAGCAACAAGGCCAAGGUAGAGGAAUCUGUUAAACUUGAAGUUCCCUGUUUGGAAACAAGUGAUUCAGAAAUUCAGAACAUGGACUUGAUGAACAAUUUGCAAGUCAAGUUGGACAGGAUGACUAAGGACCUUGAGAAUGUAAAACUAAAGAACAACCAGUAUCAAGAGGAUUGGGCAUCACAGCUAUGUCAUGAGCAGCAAGUUGAAUUAGUGCGUGAGCAGGUUGAGACGGAAACAACUAGAACAAUUCUUCAUUUACAGGAAGAGGUCACUGCUCUUCAGUUAGAACUUCAUGAGAAAUUAUGUAGCAUGACUGAAGAAAACCUGGGACUCAGAAACAGCCUGGAUGCUAAAGAAAAUGAAUUAAGGACAUUAUGUGGGGAGUGGGAAAGGGCAACCUUGGAACUAACGAACUUCCUUGUAGAUGGUUCUAAAUCUCUCAAAGAUGCCUCUGGCCAGAUAGAAAGUAUUGCCUCUUCAUUUCCUCAAGUUAAUGUUUGGAUUAGUGAACAUGUUGAGAAGGCUGCCAAAGUUUGCAUUGAGAAGGAAGAAACAAUUUUAUUACUACAAAAAAGCUUAGAAGAUGCUCAAAAGAUGGCAGGAGAAAUGGAGCUGAAGUUGAGUUCCUUGAAGGGAGCAACAAUUGCUUUAACUGAAAUUCAAAGGGUAAAUAAUGAUGAAAGUGGUAAAGAGGCAAUUCAGUCAAGUAAACUGUUGGAUGAGAAGAUCAACAUGGUUAAAAUCCUAGAGAGUAAACUGAAGAAAAAGGAGGUUCAGAUUACUGAAGCUGAAAACCGGGCUAAUGCUGCAUUCCUAGUGGUGAAAAAACUCUCUGAUCAUCAGCACAUUGCUCUCAGAAGCAACAUUGAGAGAGAUAUGGACAUGUCAGAAUCGGCUAUUUCCCCCACAAUGCGUAGCCACCAGACCUCUGAGGCGAAGACUGAAGCAGAUUCUUUGGCAUGGGAAGAUAUGGAGGUUCAAGUUCAAGUGGCAAGACUAGGAGUUCUGGAGUCAGAGAAUGUUAUUAAUGCUACUUAUUCAGAUACAGAACUGUAUUUAACAGCCCUCCAAACCGAUAUUCUUGAAGCGUCUUCUUUAUAUAGGGAGUUGGUUCAGGACUUGAUGAAAGAUAUUGAUGAGAUGAGGAAAAAUUUCCUGGAAUUAAAAGAGGAUUGUAAAAAUUUUCAGGUUCAUACAGUAGAGUCAGAAGCACAUAUUCCGCAGCUUCCAAACCAGUAUCUCAUGCUGCAUCAAAUAAGAGAUGAACUCGAUGAAACAAAUGGCAGACUGGAUAGCAUUAAAGAUUGCAUUAGCACAACCUUAAAUGUGCAUGGCUGCUCAAUAGCGGGUCUAGAUUUGAUAGAAGCAGGUGGAUGGAGUCCUGAUUGUUAUACUUCAAGCAAUUAUCAUUCAAGUGAUGCUUCAAAAGAUGAAUUGGAUGGUAAGAUAACUGAACAAAACUUAAACCUGAAGUUCGAAGGCGGCAAGAUACUUCCCUCUGUUAAUCAAACACCUGAAGAGUCGAACAAGCUCUUGGAGAACUCAAUUCACAGAGAAGCAACAAUAUGGUGGCUCAGGAAGGAAUUAGAGAUGGUAUUCAAUGUCUUCAAUAAACUAUAUGUCCAGUUAGCCACACUUUUCAAUGAGAAGGAAAUUGGAAAUUGCUCUUACAUGGAAGGUACAUGUUUUCUUGAAUCACUGGCACCUGCAGAUAACAAUCAGGACACUGUACUUAGAAAAGCAGUUGAUGAAAUAAAAAUGGAAGGGAUGAAGCGAGUCUUUCCAUCUUGCAAGUUGCGGAUGGAGGAAGCUGAAACAAGCUGCAGCAGUAUCAGAGAGGCAGCUGCGGAUCAGAUAAUCAGUCAUGCUAGUAGGUUCUUAACCAAAUUUGAGGAGGCACACACAACCAUAAAAGAAGCCGAUUUUAUGUUGAAUGCAUUGCUUAAAGAAAAUGAAAAUGCAAAGCAGGUGACUGGUAUGUGGAAGCAAGCGGGUGAGGAGUGGCUGGUGGAGAAAGCAAGCUUGAUUAAGGAAGUAGAACAGCUUAAAUCCUUGAUACAAUUGAAAGAAGGAGAGAAUACAGUACUGCAGGAUCACAUCCACUGUAGUUUGGUAGAGAUGGGGGACUCUAUGUUUUUCCUUGAAGGGUCUUUUCUGCAAAUGCAAAAGGAUGUUGAGGAGAGGUUCAGGGAACUGUAUACUGCUAUCAUUUCUACAGGACGGGAAAUUCUAUACAGCAUUUGCAACUCAAGAACAUCAUUGGAGGAUAUUUACUCUGAGAUCGUGGAGAAAGAAUUUGCUUUAUAUGUGCUGUACCACUGCUAUAUGGGAGAAGAUUUCCAAAGAAUAAUACCGGGCCUCAAUGCAGAUCAUGGUUUCCUCCGAUUCAGAAGGCAAGAAUGCAAUUUGGUGGUGAAUAAUUUGCAGAAGAGUUGCUCGAGUGAUGAGGGUAAUAGCAUGAUUAAUGGUAUUGAAGGCAUAGAAGAAGGUGAUCAAAGUGUAGCAGCCAGAGACUUGGAAGCAGAGUUGGGCCAAACCAGUGAGAACCUGAUAUAUGAGAAUUUGUCUCUCAAGAAAGAAUUGGAAAGGAAAGAGGUUUUAUUGAAGGGUUUACUUUUUGAUUUUAGCUUGUUGCAGGAAUCAGCCUCCAACAAGAAAGACAUAAAGGAUGAAACUGAAAAAUUGAUUCUCGCUUUAAGCCAAGUUCGAUGUGAACUAGAGAUGAAAACAAGUCAGCUUGAUGACCUAUUGGUUCAGCAUAGAAAGCUUGAGGGUCACCUAGCUGAUACUGAAAAUGCCUUGUUUAUCUCAAUUUCAGACCUUGAGCAAGCCAAAGAAUCAUUAGACAAUCUCUCAGACCAAAAUGCUGAGUUGAGAGUGCUAUUAAAAGACCUCUACAUCAAAAAAUCUGAGACAGAAGAUCAAUUAGAAGAACAAAAGGACGUCAUCAAAGGCUUAGAGAAGGAAAUUCUUCGUUUGACUUCUUCAGUGGAGAAAAAAUUGAUGUCCUCGGUUGAGGACAUUGAAGAUAAAUUAAGCAGGGUCACUGAUGAGAGAGAUGGACUCCAUGAAGAAGUCUGUUCUCUGAAAGACAAGCUUGAGAUGGCUUAUGCAUUAGCAGAUGAAAAUGAAGCUAUUGCUGUUGAAGCACGCCAGGAAUCGGAGGCAAGUAAAAUAUAUGCAGAACAGAAGGAAGAGGAGGUUAAGAUUUUAGAACAUUCUGUGGAGGAGCUCGAGUGUACAAUAAAUGUACUGGAGAAAAAGGUAUGUGAAAUGGAUGAAGAGGUGGAGAGACAUAGAUUGAUAAGAAAUUCCUUGGAACUGGAACUCCAAGCUUUAAGACACAGAAUGUUGACAGUUGAAUCCUUCACCGAAAACACAAAUGUUGAACAAACUGAAGAUCAAUUAUCAAGGCAACUGUAUAACAUAUCACGGGAACUUAAUGAGGCUCAUACCCGGAUAAGAAUUCUGGAAGAGGAGAGAGCAGAACGGGAUAAAGAGAUCAAACAAUACAAAGAUUACAUCUCCGAACUUGUAUUGCAUGCUGAAGCCCAGGCAUCACAGUACCAACAAAAGUACAAAACUUUGGAGGCCAUGGUUCAUGAAGUGAAAACAGAUUCAUCAAACUCGGUAUCAGCCGCACUGGUACAAGAGAAAACUGAAAAAUCCACAACGAGGACAAGGGGUUCCAGCUCACCAUUCAGGUGUAUCGCAGGUUUGGUUCAGCAAAUGAACAUGGAGAAGGAUCAGGAACUGUCAAUGGCUAGGCUUCGUAUAGAAGAACUAGAGGAAUUGGCAGCAAAUAGGCAGAAAGAGGUUUGCAUGCUGAAUACUAGACUGGCAGCAGCAGAUAGCAUGACACAUGAUGUCAUUCGAGAUUUACUUGGUGUGAAGCUGGACAUGACUAACUAUGCAGAUUUGAUAGACCAGCACCAAGUUCUAAAGUUAUUGGAAGAGGCUCAGCAACAAACAGAAGAGUCUGUUGCAAAGGAGCAAGAAAUACGGAACCUAAAGAAGCAGAUUGAUGAUCUAAUAGAGGAAAGAGAGAGUUGCAUAUUGGAAAUAAAUAGCAAGAAAGCAGAUAUAUUUGCUGCCCAGAUGACGGUUGAGCAACUUCAAGAACGAGAUCACUUGCUCACUGCACAGAACGAAAUGUUAAAGAUGGACAAGACCAAUCUAAAGAGGAAGAUCAUAGAACUGGACGAGAUGGUGAAAAAGCUUUUUGGAACUCAAAACUCCCAACAGCAAAUUCCACAAUCAAUGAAGAUAAAGGAGAGCGGCUCGUUGAGGCUGGGUGAUGCUGGUAUCACCAAAAGGCUAGCAAACUCCGAGAAACUUCUUUCUCGUGUGAAUGAUGAACUUGCUCAGUAUCGCAGAAGAACAGAUGAGCAUAGCUCUUACACAAAAUAUAGGAAGCAGAAGGGGCCAAUUUAAAAUGGCUCGGGAGUCCUUGUUCUAAAGCAGCUUAUCUAGGUCCACAUGUUGCUUGAGGCACAAAAUUCGCCAUGCACCACGCUAUCAGGGUUUGCGAUAGUUUUUGCUGUAGCUUUUUCUUAUUCUUCCAUUCUUUUUUCAGGGUGGUUUGCGUGUGUAAUUAAUCAGUGUAAUUAUUUUACAUUGUUUGUUGUGAAUUCUAAGCCUAAUGCAUUUUUGUAAGCUGGCCUGUGUGGGGAGUUAAUUUUAUGUAAAUCAGUUUAUUUGUCCA